GUCCCGGCUCCACCCCUUGGGAAUCUGCGGCUAGUCCUGGCUACUGGGGCCUCCUGAGGUGUACGGAGUGCGGUUGAAGUCAAACUCUUUCAGCAACUGAGCGGAGCGAAGGACCCUCUUGUAGGGUGAUUAUCUCAGCAGCGCAGCAUGAACCGUGAGAUCAGCAGUUCAUUGCCCCUUACAGCCGCCGCAGGUCUAUCAAUACGGUCCUCUGUAUUAUAGCACUACAACCAGUAAAAAUGUUGCGAUCUACCAGCAUGUCACCAAAUCCUAACCCAGUACAACAGCCGGGUUCCUCAAAGUCUGGGAGAGCAAAGGGAUUCAAAGACAUUCGUAUUGACGAAGAAGUAAAAAUAGCAGUCAAUAUUGCGCUGGAUAGAUUUCGUUUUAGUGACCAAAAAGAGAUGGAAUUCCCUUCUUCUCUGACCAGCAAUGAGAGAGCUUUUAUCCAUCGUCUUGCGCAGUCACUUGGGCUAAUAUCUAAGAGCAAAGGAAAAGGGACUAAUAGGUAUCUGACAAUAAGAAAGAAAGAUGGCUCUGAAGCCGCUAGCGCACUCAUGUCAUGUUGCCUGACGCACAACACAAAACAGGCCAUGCGGAGCCUCAUCCAGCGCUUUCCAGUCACCAACAAGGAAAGGACAGAAUUGCUUCCCAAGACUGAGCGCGGCAAUGUGUUUGCAGUAGAAGCCGAGAGCCGUGAAAUGAGCAAGACCAGUGGCCGCCUGAACAGUGGAAUUUCCCAAGUACCGAUAAAGAGAGGAGAGUCUGAAUUUGAUUCCUUCCGUCAAUCCUUACCAGUGUUUGAAAAACAGGAGGAAAUUGUUCAAAUUAUUAAGGACAAUAAAGUUGUUCUGAUUGUUGGAGAAACUGGAUCAGGAAAAACCACUCAGAUCCCUCAGUUCCUUCUUGAUGACUGCUACAGAAACGGAAGUCCGUGCCGCACAUUCUGCACCCAGCCAAGGCGCUUGGCUGCAAUUGCUGUUGCUGAAAGGGUUGCAGCUGAAAGGGGAGAGAAGAUCGGUCAAAGUGUUGGAUACCAGAUUCGCCUAGAGAGUCGUGUUUCUCCCAAAACCCUUCUCACCUUCUGCACCAACGGAGUCCUCUUGCGCACUCUCAUGGCUGGAGACAGUACACUCUCAACUGUGACUCAUGUCAUUGUGGAUGAAGUUCAUGAGCGGGACCGGUUCAGUGACUUUCUUCUAACCAAACUGCGGGACGUGAUGCCGAAGCACCCUUCUUUAAAACUCAUUCUCUCCAGUGCUGCAUUAGAUGUUAACUUAUUUCUGAGAUACUUUGGAGGCUGCCCUGUUAUAUACAUACAAGGACGUCCCUUUGAAGUAAAGGAAAUGUUUUUACAAGAUAUUUUAAGGACUACAGGGUACACAAAUAAGGAGAUGCUUAAAUACAACAAAGAAAAACAAUGCGAGGAGAAGCAGAAGACGACGCUGUCCGAAUGGCACUCAGUGAAAGAAAACAUCACCAAGGCUGACACACAGAGACAGAGGAGCGUUACCAGCAUUACGGAGGAUUAUGAUUUGCUAGAUGAUGGAGGGGACUCUGUAUUCAGUCAGUUGACUGAAAAGGACGUGAAUUGUCUGGAGCCCUGGCUGAUAAAGGAAAUGGACUCUUGUCUGUCUGAUAUUUGGCUACGUAGAGAUGUCGAUGCGUUUGCUCAACUCUUCCACUUGAUAUUGACAGAAAAUGUCAGCGUUGACUACAGGCACAGCGAGACAAGUGCAUCUCCUUUAAUGGUGGCAGCUGGACGCGGCUUUAUAAGUCAAGUAGAACAACUUAUUAGUAUGGGAGCGAAUGUCCACACCAAAGCAUCAAAUGGAUGGACGGCUCUGGACUGGGCUAAACACUUUGAACAGAAUGAAGUUGUGGACCUGUUGGAGUCCUAUAGUGCUUCUCUGGCGCCUGAUAGUCUGGAUGAAAGCUCCCUGGUGCAGGAUGACAGCAGCAACCUGAGUGCAGAGGAGCAGGAGCUCCUUAAAGCUUACCACCACAGUUUUGAUGAUGAAAAAGUUGACCUUGAUCUGAUAAUGCACAUACUUUAUAAAAUAUGCCAAAGCAAUGAACCAGGUGCCAUACUGAUAUUCCUCCCGGGGUACGAUGAAAUUGUAGGAUUAAGAGAUCGCAUCUUGUUUGAUGAUAAGAGAUUUGCAGAUAAAGCUCAGAGGUAUCAGGUGUUCAUGCUGCACUCAAACAUGCAGACAGCAGACCAGAAGAAGGUCCUGAAGACUCCUCCGGCUGGCAUUCGGAAAAUUAUACUUUCCACAAACAUCGCAGAAACCAGUAUCACAGUAAAUGAUGUUGUGUUUGUGGUAGACUCUGGCAAAGUGAAGGAGAAAUCUUUUGAUGCUCUGAACCAUGUCACUAUGCUUAAAAUGGUUUGGAUUUCUAAAGCCAGUGCAAUUCAAAGGAAAGGAAGGGCUGGUCGCUGCAGACCUGGCGUCUGUUUCCGGCUGUUCAGCAGACUCCGUUUUGAGAAUAUGUUGGAGUUUCAGACACCGGAACUACUACGAAUGCCCCUUCACGAACUCUGCUUGCAUACAAAAUUAUUAGCGCCAAUAAACUGUCCAAUUGCGGAUUUUCUAAUGAAAGCUCCGGAACCCCCUCCAGCCUUAAUUGUUCGAAAUGCGGUACAGAUGCUGAAGUCAAUUGAUGCCAUGGACACGUGGGAGGAUCUGACAGAACUUGGUUAUCAUUUGGCUGACUUACCUGUGGAACCUCACCUUGGCAAAAUGGUGUUGUGUGCUGUCGUUCUGAAGUGCUUAGACCCCAUUCUGACCAUAGCCUGCACCUUAGCAUAUCGAGAUCCCUUUGUCUUACCAACCCAGGCCUCCCACAAGCGUGCAGCCAUGUUGUGUAGAAAGAGAUUCACCGCAGGGACGUUUAGUGAUCACAUGGCUUUACUCAGAGCUUUUCAGGCUUGGCAGAAGGCUCGAAGUGAUGGCUGGGAGCGAGCAUUCUGCGAGAAGAACUUUCUCUCUCAGGCUACAAUGGAAAUUAUCAUUGGAAUGAGAACACAGCUACUCGGACAACUCAGGGCUUCAGGGUUUGUCAGGGCUCGUGGAGGAGGAGACAUCAGAGAUGUGAAUACAAACUCUGAGAAUUGGGCUGUAGUAAAAGCUGCCCUUGUUGCUGGCAUGUAUCCGAACAUCAUACAUGUGGACAGAGAAAAGAUGGCUCUCACCAGUCCCAAAGAAAAGCGUGUGCGCUUCCAUCCGUCUUCAGUCCUAAGCCAGCCGCAGUAUAAAAAGAUCCCCCCUGAGAAUGGGCAGGCUGCUGCCAUCCAAGCGCUGAUCACGGAUUGGCUGAUCUAUGAUGAGAUGACUCGGGCGCAUAGAAUUUCUAAUAUUAGGUGCUGCUCUGUGGUUACACCUGUCACUGUAGUGAUCUUCUCAGGACCAGCCAGGCUACCCAGCAAUGCCUUACAAGAGCCAUCUAACUUCCGCGUAGCACUGGAUGGUGUUCCCAAUGACAGCAGCGACAGUGAGAUGGAGGACCGGACUGCAGCCAUGAUGGCAACACUAAAGUUGGAUGAGUGGUUACAUUUUAAGCUUGACCCUGAGGCUGCUGGUCUCUUGCUACAACUGAGGCAGAAGUGGCACAGCCUGUUCCUGCGGAGAAUGAAGGCCCCCUCCAAGCCUUGGUCACAGGUGGAUGAGGCCACCAUCCGGGCAGUCAUAGCUGUUUUGAGCACUGAAGAGCAGUCUGCAGGUUUACAGCAGCCUUCUGGAAUUGGGCAAAGACCAAGACCAAUGUCUUCCGAAGAACUUCCAAUGUCCUCUUCCUGGAGGACAAAUAAUAGUCGCAAGAGUUCAGCAGAGGCAGACUUCUCAGAUGAGUUCUGCAGUUUAGACAGAACAAGUUUGAAAGCUCCAUCCCCAGCUAUUUCACAGCAACCCACGUAUAUUGAGAGGAGCAUUUUACACCCGAAGCGACUGGAAGAGCAGCCAGAUCAGUCAGCUGUGAAAGCUUCUGAAAACAGUAGCUACCUCAGCCCCUGUGCAAGUCCUACGCCACCUGCUUCACUCAAGGGCUCAAAAUCUCCAUCACCGCGACCAAAUGUAUCAGUGCGUUAUUUUAUCAUGAAGAGUUGCAACCUGAGAAACCUUGAGAUCUCCCAGCAGAAAGGGAUCUGGUCCACGACUCAAAGUAAUGAGCGCAAACUGAACAGGGCAUUCUGGGAGAGCAGCACUGUGUAUCUGGUGUUCUCUGUGCAGGGAUCUGGCCACUUUCAGGGCUUUGCACGAAUGUGUUCAGAGAUUGGCCGGGAGAAAAGUCAGGACUGGGGGUCCACAAGUCUUGGAGGAGUGUUUAAGGUGGAAUGGAUGCGGAAAGAAAGCUUGCCUUUUCAGUUUGCCCACCACUUGCUGAACCCAUGGAAUGACAAUAAGAAAGUGCAGAUCAGUCGUGAUGGACAGGAGCUGGAGCCUCAGGUUGGGGAACAAUUAUUAUUGCUUUGGGACAGAAUUCUGUUGGGAGACAGAAGUGUUUCUCACUGACAAGCAGCCAAACUCAGGUGCCAUUUUAUUUCAGUUUCUUUCUCACACGCCUGUGAAUUUGCAGUCUUCUCUGAUAGAAACCUGUGUUUAAAUCAGAUAAAUCAUUUCAUGAUUUCCGUUAAGUGCACUGUAUACAAGCAACAUGCGUUAUUCAGUAAGGCUGACAGCACAAACAGCACUGUGGAAGUUGUCCUAGAUGGGGGGGGCAAAUGCUGGCACUCCCAACAGCUGACAUCAGCUCAGCACCAGUUGGAAUACGGACACUUGCCCAUUCCAGCACUUUUUCUUUUAACUGAAUACACUGUAUGUUGUUACUUUUAUGAAACUAAUUGCACUGUUUCAAAUGUUAAAUGUUUGUUUGUUUUCUGACUUUUCCCUGUUGACUCUUAGAAAUCGUUUUGUAUUAUUAUUACAAUAGAAGACGGAAGUCUGGUUUUACAUUAGACAAUUGGUUACUUCCAAACGAAAUAAAAUACUACCUUGCAUCAUAAAUUGACAUUACUAGGUAGAUGAUUAAAAAGUAAUCCAACAUUAAGAAUGAAGUUAUAUUUAUUACACUGUAUAUUAAACUUUAACCUAUGCACCUAUUUAGCUCAGCUAGAACAUGCUUAUAUUUGAGAACUGUUGCACAUUUAGAUGAGUAUAUAUCGUUAGAAUUUGCUCACACUGCAUUCCAAACAGAUUGCAUCAGGGCAAACCAUACUGGGAGUCCGCCAGGCCUACAGUUUGCCCAUCCACAGUGAACAGCAGGGGACUCCAGGCACUGGAAUGAAUGAACUGGGUGCUGCAUGAGUUUCAGAGCUCCUUGCUCCCAUUGCCUUCUCUCUGGAGUUUGGUGUGAGAAAAUCUGGCACUGUCUUUGCCUGAAAGAGACAAAAGAACUUUGGUAGCUAAACUUUUUUUUUUUGUAAUACAAACAAAAAAAUGGAGUUACGGUACCGGUUAGGGCAUGCCAAUGGGGUGUUAUCAGGGCAUGAUCAUCAGAAUGAUUUCAGUUGCUGUUCGGACAUAAUGUUUACAAUUGUACAGAUGAUAGACAAUUUGUGUAGAUAACAAAUUGAUUAAAAAAAAAAGUACAGUUUUAUGGUUUUAUUAGAACUGACGCUGGUAUGCCUGUUUUAGAGUCACUCCUCACUAUGCUGCAAACAAUAAACAUUUACUAUUGUCCCUUAU